CUCCGUGUCAAGACGCGUACAAAAAAGUGCGCUUUCUCCACCCCCACAGAAUUCUUGGAUCAAUCACCCCUCGUCUAUCCUCCUUCCGGCUUCUUCUAAGACGAAUUGCAGCAAUGUCGGUGCUCCAGAUUGGAAACCUCGGUAGCUCCUAUGCGGCCGGACCUACGAUCCCGCCCUCUGUCGGACCAGUCGCCGCAGGCCGCUCGGGAAACAACUUCGCACACCUCGUCGCGAAACACUUUAAUGGGAAUCUCACCGAUCUCUCUGUUUCGGGCGCGACGCUCGACAAUGUCCUGACGCAGAAGCAGACGGUCGGAAACACGACCUUCAAUCCACAGCUGCAAGAUCUGCCCCCGAAUCAGGAUGUGGUCUUCAUUCUUGGCGGUGGCAACGACCUUAAUUAUAUAGGAGGGCUCCUCGAAGAAUCCGCGGCGGCCACCUCGUCGGCAGGCGACAAGAGGGCCUACGCAGACUCUGUGUGGGGUCAGGCCGUAGUACCCGAUCAAGAUUCUUUGUUUCCAUCCUCCUCCUCUCUGAGGGGCCGGGCUGCUUCCGCAACAACGGAGCAGGUCGCCAAGAAGCUUGGCGAAGUGGCCGACCAGGUCCGGACCAAGUCUCCCGAGGCUCAGAUCUUCCUGGUCGAAUAUCUGCCGCUGCUGUCAGACGACACGAAGCCACAGACAUCUUACAUGCCGCUGAGCCAGAGCCGGAUCGAUCAUUACAAGGCCCUGUACGAUGGAGUCAAUGCCGCGUACGUCGAGGCGAGUCGUACGAGGCAGCCGUGGCUCACGCUCGUCGACCUGGCCAACAUCACCGGCCAUGCGCUGGGCUCAAAGGAGCCUUGGCUGUGGGGCUACGACACGGACCAUGCGAAGUACCACCCGAUGCUCAUUGGCCAUGAGAAAGUUGCCGACAAGCUUAUCAAACACAUCAAGCACAAGAAGUAGUUACGGUUCUCUAGGCGCUCCUGCCAGUCAACGAACAAUAUAUUGUUAUCUCUUUUUCCGGAGCUCUCACACCUUUGGCAAAUUACUGUCAAUUUCAUUGUCCUUGUCUGUCGAGGCGCUUACGCUGCCAUCAUUCAGGCAACAUAUGCACC